AUGGGGGAAAAGGGAAAAGAACCUCGAUGUGAGAGAGGGCAAGCACAAGCAGGUGAGAGAGGGCAAGCACAAGCAGGUGUGAGAGGGCAAGCACAAGCAGGUGUGAGAGGGCAAGUACAAGCAGGUGUGAGAGGGCAAGUACAAGCAGGUGAGAGAGGGCAAGCACAAGCAGGUGAGAGAGGGCAAGCAGAAGUAGGUGUGAGAGGGCAAGUACAAGCAGGUGUGAGAGGGCAAGUACAAGCAGGUGUGAGAGGGCAAGUACAAGCAGGUGUGAGAGGGCAAGCACAAGCAGGUGAGAGAGGGCAAGCAGAAGUAGGUGUGAGAGGGCAAGUACAAGCAGGUGUGAGAGGGCAAGCAGAAGUAGGUGUGAGAGGACAAGUACAAGCAGGUGAGAGAGGGCAAGCAGAAGUAGGUGUGAGAGGGCAAGUACAAGCAGGUGUGAGAGGGCAAGCACAAGCAGGUGAGAGAGGGCAAGCAGAAGUAGGUGUGAGAGGGCAAGUACAAGCAGGUGUGAGAGGGCAAGUACAAGCAGGUGUGAGAGGGCAAGCACAAGCAGGUGAGAGAGGGCAAGCAGAAGUAGGUGUGAGAGGGCAAGUACAAGCAGGUGUGAGAGGGCAAGCAGAAGUAGGUGUGAGAGGACAAGUACAAGCAGGUGAGAGAGGGCAAGCAGAAGUAGGUGUGAGAGGGCAAGUACAAGCAGGUGUGAGAGGGCAAGCAGAAGUAGGUGUGAGAGGACAAGUACAAGCAGGUAUGAGAGGGCAAGUACAAGCAGGUGUGAGAGGGCAAGCACAAGCAGGUGAGAGAGGGCAAGCAGAAGUAGGUGUGAGAGGGCAAGUACAAGCAGGUGUGAGAGGGCAAGUACAAGCAGGUGUGAGAGGGCAAGCACAAGCAGGUGAGAGAGGGCAAGCAGAAGUAGGUGUGAGAGGGCAAGUACAAGCAGGUGUGAGAGGGCAAGCAGAAGUAGGUGUGAAAGGGCAAGCAGAAGCAGGUGAGAGAGGGCAAGCACAAGCAGGUGAGAGAGGACAAGCAGAAGUAGGUGUGAGAGGGCAAGUACAAGCAGGUGUGAGAGGGCAAGUACAAGCAGGUGUGAGAGGGCAAGCACAAGCAGGUGAGAGAGGGCAAGCAGAAGUAGGUGUGAGAGGGCAAGUACAAGCAGGUGUGAGAGGGCAAGUACAAGCAGGUGUGAGAGGGCAAGCAGAAGUAGGUGUGAAAGGGCAAGCAGAAGCAGGUGAGAGAGGGCAAGCAGAAGCAGGUGAGAGAGGGCAAGCAGAAGUAGGUGUGAGAGGGCAAGUACAAGCAGGUGUGAGAGGGCAAGUACAAGCAGGUGUGAGAGGGCAAGCACAAGCAGGUGAGAGAGGGCAAGCAGAAGUAGGUGUGAGAGGGCAAGUACAAGCAGGUGUGAGAGGGCAAGUACAAGCAGGUGUGAGAGGGCAAGCACAAGCAAGUGUGAGAGGGCAAGCAGAAGUAGGUGUGAAAGGGCAAGCAGAAGCAGGUGAGAGAGGGCAAGCACAAGCAGGUGAGAGAGGUCAGGUCAUUGAAAGCAAUGAGCAGCGCAAGCGGGCUGACCGAAUGGGUUGUGGUGAAUGGUGUAAUCGCAGUGACUAA